CCCAAUCCCGUUGUACCACGCCCGAUAUGGAUGUGGCUGCUGUGGCUGCUCGACCAUCGCUGUGGCCUCUGUACGGCCCCUGCUGCAUCGGGAAUACAUGGUUGCGAUGACCACCAUGGCACCUGGAUGGAACACCCCGUUUAGGAAAUGUCGUGGCCGGCGCAAGACAACAUCGACUUCUUUGGGAACUUGAAGUCACUGAUGCGGUUGCUCGACCAUUGUCAAUGUAUGGCUCCUGCCGCAUCGGGAACGCAUGGUUGCGAUGACCACGAUGGCAUCUGGAUGCCACGCCCCGUUUGGGAAGUGUCGCGGUAGGCGCAAGACAACAUAGACUUCUUCGGAAAGUCAUGUCUGUGGUUCCGCCAUGUGCUCGAGCAAUAUAAAAGCGCGAGAAUUCCGUCAAGGUGUGCAUCACCACCACUCAGGCCACUUCUCACGUCUUCUACCUUGCAGAAUCAUGCAUUCUGCACGACGUACCCGCGGAGCCAUACAGGCAUACGCUGGUAAUGCUGGCAACUUCCUUGGCAGGACACUCGAGUGGCCUUGGUAUGUGUUUUGGGCAAACGCGUUCUAUGGCUCCGUGGAUCCACGAAAGGUCGUUGCGGGGCCUCAAUCCGAGCUCGUCCUCCAGCAAAUCACCAACGAUGAUCGAGUCGUGCUCAAGAAGAAGGUUCCCGACUUCGUUCUCCACUACCUCACUGGAGUUCCUCAGGAUCAUCACAUCGACUCAUUUUCGCAAGUUACCAAUCACGAGGAGUUGCGGCAGUUCUACAUGGGCAAGUUCGUUGUUUCUGUAUCGGUCGUACUCGCCGUCUGCGAAGUCAAGCCUGUGCCGGAUCCGGAUAAAAUCCGGGCUGGCGAGCGUUUUUGGGAUGAUGCGGCCGAUUCGAUGCAGUCCAUGCAGAUAGAGGCACUAGCGGAUGCGCGAAAUCAGGUACAACUAUACUUCUCGGCUCACGUCGGCGUCGAGCAUGUCGUAUCCAUUGCGAUGACCGGGCCUUUCUACUGCUGGAGGACCUUCGUUCGGCGUGAUGUCAGACCCAUAUCUCUCAAUGUUGACGGGACAUAUGACCCCGAGCAUGAGGAUGAUUCGAGCUCUCAGAGUCUCGAAGGAAUGGUGCAGGACGACCAACUGGCAUCUGCACAUGUCGAACAAGACGACUCCCGCGCCCCUGCGGGAGCAGGUCCUUCGAACGAACGACCGAGGCGGGGUGAACAUCAGGUGAAAAAAUACUCCAACUACGAGCUUGCUGCGAAGGAAUUAUUCGAUGAUGAGGAAGAAGCCAGUGCUGAGGAGAAGAACACCACGUACGAGAAAUUCCUGGGAACGGCCAAGAAGUUGAAGCAGGCUAUCUCCAAGCCGAAGAAGGACGAGGAAGGUGUCAAGCGCCAAGGCGGCAGCAAGCAGAAGCGCAAAGGCAAGGCGAACGAGAGCGAAGGCAAAGCGAAGAAGGAUAAAGGCAAGGGCAAGCCCAAGCCCAAGGGCAAAGGCGAGGUCAAGGGCAAAGCCAAGGUCAAGAGCAAGAUUGGCAAGGAGACGGACGCGAACGAUAGCGGGGACAACGACGCGCCCAAGGACGGAGACAAGGCUAAGGAAACAAACAAGAACGACAAUGAGGCAAACGCCCCCGGGCCGUCGGAUAGACCAUUCCCCCUCUUGGAGCUGCCCCCGUUUCUUGCGGAUUCGUCCGAGUCGAGUGACGAGGGCCACGACUCUGACCCUGAAGACGAUGGCCCUGGCGAUGGUCCUGGCAACGAAUAUGGAUGGUCCGAGUGGUACCACUGGGACACGAUCGACGGUGUCAAGGAACGGAACAGGAUGUUCAACGCGAUCCAGCGCCA